GCAAAAGUAAGAAAAAGGAAAAUCAUAAUGUACCACACCUGCUUUCAUUUAAAACAACGCACGCUUCAAUUUACACAAAGGUUAAUUGAGUGAAACAGCUCGAGUAUAUAAAGCACUUGGCAGCCUUUGCUUUUUUCUUCAGUACAUCCCACCCUUUCUCUUCUCCAACACUUACCCCCCUUCCUAUCACUAAAAAUGAAGUUCACUUUGAUCGCUACUGCUGUUGCUCUUGCUACUGCUGUCUCUGCUCUCCCUAACUGUCACAAGGAAUAUGUUGCCAAGAAGGGUGACACCGUUGCCUCUGUUGCUAAGGAACAUGGUGUUUCUAUCCAAUCCUUGUACAGAUGGAACGCUGGCAACAUCGACAACUCUCACGAACUUACUGAAAACGCCGUCUACUGUGUCAAUUCUGCCCUUGGCAAGAGAAGCUGGUUCUACAAGACCGAAGGCCUCUCUGGUCAAAAGUUAGCUCUCGCUAAGAAGAAGGCCGCCGCUGCCAAGAAGCACACCAAGAAGGGAAAGAAGACCACCAAGAAGUCUAAGAAAACCACCAAGAAGACUACCAAGAAGACUACCAAGAAGAAUGGUAACAACGGUAACAAAGGAAACAACGGAAAGGUCAGCCAAUCUCGCCCCGGUGACAACUGGAGCUCUACUCCCAAGAACGCCCCCUCCAACGCUGUUAGACACAUCAUCUCCACCUGUAACAAGUACUCCACUGUUACCUCCAAGGAUAGCUGGUGUGGUGACUUCUCCAAGAGAAACGGUAUCUCCAUCUCUGACCUCUACAAGUGGAACGCCGGUCUCCACGGUCCCGGUAAGCACGAAUGUGACAACCUCGACGACGGCAGAGCCUACUGUGUUGGCGUUAGCCAUUAAAUAAAGCAUUAAACAGCAUGGUGUAUUCUUUAUACUACAUUACACAUCCUUUUAUUUCC